AUGGAAGGAGAAACCGAGUGUAUGUAUAAAUUAGUGAUUAUAGGAGAAAGUGGUGUUGGUAAAUCAAAUUUAUUAUUGAGAUUCACACGAAAUGAAUUUGAGCCUGAAAAAAAAUUUACUAUUGGAGUUGAAUUUGCCACACGUACGAUUGAAUAUGAGGGUAAAACUAUUCGUGCUCAAAUUUGGGAUACUGCUGGUCAAGAAAAAUAUAGGGCUAUUACUGAUGCUUAUUAUAGAGGGGCAGAAGGAGCAAUGUGUGUUUAUGACGUAUCAAAGAAAGAUAGUUUUGAUGCAAUAGAACGAUGGAUGAAUGAAUUAAAAAAUGGUUGUGAUUCUGACAUUACUAUUAUGAUUGUAGGUAAUAAAGCUGAUCUUAAACAAGAGCGUGAAGUUAAUACCUCAGAUGGGACUGAAUUUGCUCAAAAACAUUCAGCUUUCUUUAUUGAAACUUCUGCUUUAGAUGGAACAAACGUAGAAAAAGCGUUUUCUGAUUUAUUGAUACAAAUUUAUAAAAAGAAGAACGCAACACUUAAAAAUGAUUCUGUUCCUUCUGAUAAUUCAAAGCCUAAAACAGAAGAAAAGGUAGAUAUUAGUCAAACUCAAUCUGCUCAAACUCAAGGUGGUAAGAAGUGCUGUUAACAAAAGAAAGAUUUAUUUACUUUUCUCAUU